ACACAAGGCUCCCUCCUGCGAUCGGUCCCGCCCCGGAUUAUCAAGUGCCGAAAAGCCGGGGGCAGAAAUCUGGAGAGGCUACUGUCUAAGCUGGGAUGGCAGGUGCUGGAGCCAAAGAUCCGCCGCGGGGGCAAGAAGGCAAGCUGCCUCCGAACCCUCCAUUGCAAGACACCGGUCAAUCCAGCCACUUUCAAGAGCCGGAGAAAAAAGUCUACAUGAUUGCAGCUGGGCUGAUAGGAGGCAUUUACCUUGUUGGCAUUCUUUCCCUAUUCUUUGGAGUGAAAGAAAAAUUUGAUCCAUACACCUUAAUGCCAGACAAAAAAGUUCCUUUCUUUAAAGGACAAAAGCAUGCCAUGAAGCAUCAACCAUAUUUGAUAUUUACAGCAGCAUUUCUACUGAUUUUAACAGCAGUUCAGAUUGAACAAGGAAAUUUCGUUCUCUUUUGUACUUACGCAGCUGAUCUUCGCAGUCACUUUCAGAAUUUAGUGCUGAUUAUCUUGGUGUCAGCUACAGUGAGCGUUCCAUUCUGGCAAAGAUUUCUGAAGCAUUUUGGCAAAAAGAAAGCAGCAUGUGGAAUAUCGUUGAUGAUUCCUUCUGUAAUCAUGUUGGUGACUAUCCCUAAUAUCUUUCUUGCCUACUUUAUGGCUUUUGUAUCUGGACUUAGCAUUGCAGCGUCUUUCCUCCUGCCAUGGUCCAUGCUGCCUGAUGUAGUUGACCAUUUUCGAAUGCAGAACAUUCACUUACCAGGGCAUGAAACUAUCUUCUAUUCGUCGUUCAUCUUUUUCACAAAGAUGUCAACUGGUAUCGGAAUGGGAAUUUCUUCCUUCAGUCUACAAUUUGUAGGCUACAAAUCAGGGAUGUGCACACAGUCCACCCAUGUUGUCAUCACGCUGAAAAUCUUGGUUGGUGGAAUUCCAUCCAUCCUCAUCCUUUUAGGCUUAUCCAUACUUCUGUUGUACCCAAUCAACGAGAAAACUCAAAAGGAAAGGAAAUAUGCCUUUGAAAAUUCAAGGAGGAAUCAUUUGAACACUGAAAACAUUUCCGUAGGAAAGCCUGAAUAAAAAUAGAAAUCCAGCGGUAAUGAAAAUGCAACCAGAGGGGACGACUUCAGCAUCCUUGGAGGCAUUUGUCUUAUUCCACCAGUGUUUAACUACCAAUAUACCAAGGCUGCUGUGAUAAAAAAGAUGACGCUUUGGAGCAUGGCUUGGACAGCCUGUAUAAUGCUGGAUUGCUAUGAAGCCUUGCACGAGCUAAUUUAUAAGAUGCAAUAGAUGGUGCUGUCUCAUUUCAUUUACAGUACAGUACAUGUUAUAUACUGAGAACAGCUGCAUGGCGAGUUGAAAACCAUGGUCUUGUGAGUGCUAUCCAUAUGCUGUUAACUAAGAUGUGGUUAGAGGCAAUUUCAACUAAUUAUAACAUGGUUCCUACCAAAGGAAAUUCCAUAAUUUCUGUUGAUCACAGAAUUCCAUUUAUUUUUAAUGCAAUGCCAUUUAAUCUACUGCUGCUUCUGUUUUUUGUACAGAUUUUUAAAAUCUCACCUUUAUUAUUUUAUGGAUUACUCAGGGCAGAGAAGAUACCUAAUACUCUUUACUCCUCUUAUUUUCCCCACAACAUCCCUGUAAAGUGGGUUGGGCUGAGAGAAAGAAAGAGAGU